AUGAGUGCGCUGGGUUAUGAUCACAGUACUGAUGACUACAAGUUGGUAAUAGGCACUGUAGAACCUCCUGAAAGCAAGGAUACUCUGGUGCAAGUCUAUUCAUUAGCAUCAAAUUCAUGGAAACCUGGGCAAACUGUACCUCUUAAGUUUCAUAUGCAGAAACAUGGAGUGUUUGUUAAUGGGAAAUUUCAUUGGUUAGUGACACCUCAAGUUAAGUAUUUCUUACUCUCUUUGGAUAUCAGUGACGAGAGUUUCAAAGAAAUGCAACUAUCAGAAGAGCUUUUGGAGAAGAGUAAGGAUUUAUAUAUGAUUCUUGGAGUGCUGGAAGGGUUACUCUGCGUACUGUUCACCUCAUAUGUUAAUGGUAAUAGGACUCAUUGUGAAGUAUGGGAGAUGCUGGAUUAUGGAGUUGAAGAAUCUUGGACUAGACGCCAUAUCAUUACUCACGAGCACAUUACCAAUAGCUUUAUUGCAUUUCCAAGAUGGAACUAUAAUGUGCCAACCCAGGAGAUUUCUCAGCCUGGCCUAGUAGCAGACAAAUGA